AGAUAUCAGGCUGGCCCAUGCUUCAUUGUUCCCAGUUCCCAGCAAUGGCCGCCAUUACCUGACCAAGCACUAGAGCCUGUCUCUCUCUGUGGCGCCGGGAGAAGUUACCAGAGUGGUUUCUCUACUUUCACAGGGCGGAUUUAUCUGGGCCACGUGGGAAGUGCCUUCUGCCCCAGGGGCAUGGCCCAAAGGCAGAACUAACUGCCCGAAGUUCACUCUCAAGAUGCAACUGGAGUGGACCCAAGAGGGCAAGAUGUGGCUAGGAGCUCUGCUGAUACUUCUACUUUGUCCAAGCCUUGAAGGACAAGAAAACUCGUUCACCAUCAACGACAUCCACAUGGAGAUCCUACCAGGAGAAGAGGUGCAAAAUGGGGAGAACAUGACCUUGCAAUGCAUCGUAGACAUCAGCACCACCUCUCAUAUCAAGCCUCAGCACUGGGUGCUGUUCUAUAAGGAUGAUGUGCUAUUUCACAAUGUCUCCUCCGUGGAGAACACUGAGAGUUAUUUUAUUCCCCGAGCCCGGGUCUAUGACGCAGGGACAUAUAAAUGCACCGUGAUUCUGAACAACAAGGAGAAAACCAGCUUGGAGUACCAGGUGUGGGUCAAAGGAGUGUCCGAUCCCAUAGUGACACUGGACAAGAAAGAGGCAAUAGAAGGCGGGGUCGUGAAGGUCAAUUGUUCUGUCCCAGAGGAAAAGCCCCCGAUACAUUUCACAAUUGAAAAACUCAAACUAGAUACGAAAGGUUUCAAGCAAAAAAGAGAAAAAACUUCUCCCAACCGGAAUUUCAUGAUGCUGGAGUUCACAGUGGAGGAACAGGACCACGUUAUAUUUUUCCAGUGCCAAGCCAGGAUCAUUUCUGGGACCCACAUGGAGACCUCUAGAGCCAUCAAGAGUGAACUGGUCACCGUGACGGAAUCCUUCUCUAAUCCCAAAUUCCACGUCAGCCCCGAAGGAGUGAUCACAGAAGGAGAUCAGCUCUACAUUAGGUGCACCAUUCAAGUGACACAUCUGGUCCAAGCAUUUCCAGAAAUCAUAAUCCAGAAGGACAAGGCAAUUGUAGCACACAAGAGGCAUGGUAACGAAGCCACCUACUCAGUGAUGGCCAUGGCGGAGCACAAUGGCAAUUACACAUGCAAAGUGGAAGCCAGCCGGAUAUCCAAGGUCAGCAGCAUCGUGGUCAACAUAACAGAGCUGUUUUCCAAGCCGAAGCUGGAAUCUUCCAUCACCCGUCUGGACCAGGGAGAAAGCCUAAACCUGUGGUGCUCCAUUCCAGAAGCACCCCCAGCCAACUUCACCAUCCAGAAGGAGAACACGAUUGUGUCACAGUCUCAAAAUUUCACCAAGAUAGCCUCUGCGACGGACAGUGGGACAUACACUUGCAACGCAAGCAUGGGCAAGGUGGUCAAGAGAAGCAGUGCAGUCCAGAUAACCGUGUGUGAAAUGCUAUCCAAGCCCAGGAUUUUUUAUGACUCCAGCUCCGAGGUAAUAAAAGGACAGACUAUAGCAGUCAGUUGCCAAUCCAUAAACGGAACGACACCUAUAUCUUAUCACCUUUUAAAAACAAGUAACAUUUUGGAGAGCCGUGACAUGAGCUCAAAUGAGCCUGCGGUAUUCAAAGACAACCCAACAAAAGACACAGAAUACCAGUGUAUCGUGGAUAAUUGUCAUUCCCAUUCUGAGAUGGUCAGUGAAGUUCUGCGUGUCAAGGUGAUAGCCCCAGUGGAUGAGGUCAAGCUUUCUAUCCUAAUGAAUGCAGAGGUGGAGUUUGGGAAGGACAUUGAGCUUCUGUGCUCGGUGAACGAGGCGACUGGUCCAAUCACCUACAGGUUUUACAAAGAAGCGGGCAGUCUCCUCUACCAAAUCACCUCGAAUGAAACCCACGCCGUUUGGUACAAGUCAAAGGCUAGCAAGGAGGAUGAGGGACAGUAUUACUGCACAGCCUCCAAUAGAGCCAACCGCCUUAAAAGCAGUCCCCAAAGCAACGUACUGACAGUCAGAGUCUUUCUUGCUGCAUGGAUAAAAGGACUCAUUGCAGUGGUUGUCAUUGGAGUGAUAAUUGGUGUCUUGAUACUUGGGGCCAGAUGUUAUAUUCUGAAGAAAGCCAAGGCCAAGCAGACGCCAGUGGAGAUGUCCAGGCCAGCAGUACCACUUCUGAACUCCACCAAUGAGAAGAUGUUGUCAGACCCCAAUACUGAAGUCAACAGACAUUACGGUUACAAUGAAGAUGUUGGAAACCAUGCAAUGAAACCAAUAAAUGAAAAUAAAGAGCCUCUGACGUUGGAUGUGGAAUACACAGAAGUAGAAGUGACCUCACCUGAGCCUUACCAAGGUCUGGAAACCAAGGGCACAGAGACGGUGUACAGUGAAAUCCGGAAAGCUAACCCUGAUUUCAUGGAAAACAGAUAUUCUAGAACGGAAGGCUCCCUUGACGGAACUUAGGACCACGGGAGCAGACGCUCCUCCCUGAGAGGACAUCACAUCCCAAGAAGAGCAGAUGAUCCCUGUAUUCCGAGAGCUCUGUGCACUUAUUUAUGAAUCUGCCCUGCUCCCACUGAACAUAGCAAUUCCUCAGGCCAAGUCACCAGUCCUUAAUCCAUCCUACUACAUUUCUGUGGGGCAUAAAGAGAUACAGAGGGGCUGGUCAAUUCUUACCCGGCCCCCCUCUCACCAAGUUGGAGCAUCCUCAGGAGCCGAGAGCCGCAGAAGAUUCAGGGUAAACAGGUCAUUGGGAUAUUUUGAAACUUGAAUAUUUUCUCUUGUACAGAGAUAAAGAACUUUUCCUAGUUAUCUUCACACACAGAAACCAUUUUUGUUUUGUAGUCGAUCACUUCCAGUGAACGGCCUGGCUUAGGGGCUCAUUUUUCUCUUUGCCUUUGGUCCUUCAAAGGCCUAUGCUUCUGGGUAGUCCUUGGUCCUUGGAAGUGCAUGGCACCCAGCAGACAGCUGCACCCGGUGCCCUCCAUGACCUCACCUGCCACAGAUGCAGAAACAAAGCUGCCUGGGAGUCAACCCUGUGAGAUGCCCACUUGAAGAUAAGGUUCAUUCCGGGCAAUGCAUAAAAUAGAAAACAAUGUUGGACGGAGCACAGAUGUUCUUAAGCUGUUUUUUUAUACCCUUUCUUUCUUUUCUUACCAUGCUGAAGGCUUCAAGACAGGAAGCUGUUUGCCUACAGCAAAUACUGUUUUUAAUAGGAAAACGAAAUGCAUACUUUUCUCACUAAUUUUUUUUUUAAUUUAUUCCUUGCUAAAGAAAUGGUCUUCUGAGGUCUUAAGAUGUUUCUGAUGGUGCCUUGAGUGAGUGGACGAGUAGCCAAGAUGCAGCCAUCUUGCGGUGGGAUUUCACUAGUGAGCAGACCUAACGGAAACCAUUUACCCCCCCACACACCCACCCUCCACCUCAGUGACACAGCUGCAAGGUUUUGUAUUAAAUAAAUUUGAUCUUUCCUCUUCCCGGA